AUGCAAUCGCCAUCGAAUGUACGACGUAACUCUACAGCAAGUGAGAGAAAAAGUAUCAACGAGAGCACAGACGAUAGUCAACCGCCACCGCCAUCAUAUCCGAGUGUUAUUCAUAAAUUAGAAAACUUUCCAUUACACAAUUAUAACGAUCAACCACCUCCGCCAAGUUAUGCAGAUUUAAAUAAUCCAUCAGUGAUCUAUAUUAACAAUUAUCCUGGACCACCCUUAACUGACGGCGUCGUGCAGAUCGUGACUUCGAAUCAAACACCUUCAAAUCAGCAUGGGACAACAGACAAUAUACUAUCAAAACGAAUGCAAGUUUAUUUAUGGUUGAAUGGAAUCUUCACGAUUAUCUUUGGUAUAAGCGCCAUUGGUAUCCAAAUUGGAUUAGUAGCUUCACAUUCAAUUGUCUAUUACUAUUAUGGUUUUUGGGCAGGAAUUUUAAUCAUCAGUAUUGGUAUCGGUACACUUUUAUUCAAUAAUCGCUAUCGUAGAUAUGAGACAACAAAAUAUUUUCGUUCAUUCGUAUGGCAAACAGCAUUUAUUGCCGUUGUAUUCGGUUUUGGGAUCAUUAUUAUCCUAACAGAUUCGUGCGAUGGAGAACAAUCAGAAAAUGAUGGUAAUGAUGAUGCGUGUAAACGGUCGUAUAAAGUACUUAAUGGUUUACUGAUCGCUGUUAUUUCGAUAGCAUUCGUGCAAUCGAUUAUAAACACAAUUAUUAUUGCUGUUCUUAAACGGCGGUACAUGACGAGUCAGAAUGCAGCAAUAGCAGCUUCUUGA